CGCUCCACUACAGCGUCUCCCACUCCAACUUCGACAUCGUCCGGCUCCUCCUGGACACAGGUGUUUGCAACAUCAAUCACCAGAAUAAAGCAGGUUACACAGCCCUCAUGUUGGCUGCGCUGGCAACCAUGGAGCGACAGGAUGAUAUGGCCACAGUCCGGCGCCUCUUUGACCUGGGCAACGUCAACGCCAAGGCCAGUCAAGCCGGCCAGACGGCGCUGAUGUUGGCGGUCAGCCACGGGAGGCAAGAGAUGGUGGAGGCCCUCCUGGCGUGCGGGGCAGACGUCAACCUGCGGGACGAGGAGGGCUCCACUGCGCUCAUGUGCGCCUGCGAGCACGGGCGGGCGGAAACCGUGCAGCUGCUUCUGGCGCAGCCGUCCUGCGACGCCUCCAUCGCCGACAAUGACGGCAACGAUGCUGCGGCCAUCGCCCGGGAGGCCGGACACGACAACCUCGCAGCUCUGAUAUCUGCGCACCUCACACCGUCCGCAGACAGGUGAGGGGAUCCCCUUCGCAGAGCUCCAGGCCCCACCACCACCACCACCGGCCAGCCGUCCUCCCUCCCUUUCUCUGGACCGGAGACUUCUCAGCGGUUAGAUCCCAAAGGGGCUUUUUCAGGAGGAAACUGGACUUUCCAGUUUUUCUUUGAAGAUGUUUCACUUCCCAUCCAAGGA